AUGGCAGACAAUGACGAUCAAAGAGAAUGGCAUACUGUGGAACAUAGUCUCACACAAUUUACAGUACCUAAACGUUAUCAAAACCUCAGUCCCUUCGAAUAUAAUAGUCACGACAUUGUUACAUAUGCUACUGACACUGUGCGUAUUAAGCAUAAAAAUACCGGUAAAAAAGUAACCAUUAGAAAGAUAUUGAAACCAUUCGACAGUGUUGCAAGAGCACAUCGAACCUAUCGAGAAUUGAAACUACGCAUUCAUCUCAAUCAUUUCGAUGCACAGGUUGCACAAUUAUAUGAUGUAUUUACACCUGAGAAAGACCUCAACAACUUUGAAACCUUAUAUUUAGUAGAGAACUAUGUCGAAUAUGAUUUAAAAAGAGUUAUCUACAGCAAUGUUGUCGUUACUGAAGAUCAUAUUAAAAUGGUCAUCUAUUGUCUUCUUCGUGGUUUGAAAUUCAUUCAUUCUGCUGGAAUCAUUCAUAGUAGAAUAUUCUCAUCUAAUAUUGGUAUCGACAAAGAUUCAAAUGUCUCAAUUUUUGGUUGGAAUUCUGCCGCUACAGCCCAUAUUCGUAGGAAAUAUGAUGAACACUGGCUAUACAACGAGAGCGAUAUAUAUCGGCGGUGGUAUGCACCAGAAAUGAUCAUCAAUCCGGAGCGUUGCAAUGAAAACGUUGAUAUAUGGUCUGUCGGUUGUAUUAUGGCUGAGUUAAUUGUUCGACAGCCACUUUUUCCUGGUACAAGUCAAUCUGAUCAAUUAACAAAAAUUUUUGAUAUUACUGGAACACCUGAUUCAAAAACGUUAGACGAGAUGAAUAUGCCUUUAGUUGUACGUCAAUACUGUGAAACAUUAUCUCGCAAAUCAAAGCAAGAUUACGAAAAACUAUUUGGCUAUAAGUAUAAUCAAGGCAGUGAAACACCAGUUUCCGGUGUUUCUUCACAAGGUGUUACCUUACUUGAUCGUUUACUUUUGUUGAAUCAUUGCAUGCGUCCGACUGCUGAAGAAUUGCUAAAUGAUCCUUACUUUGAAAUGUACCAUGAUCCAAUCGAUGAGCCGUCUUCGGAACUUUUCAUCGAUGAAUAUCAAGAUGCGACAUAUUCUACUGAGACAUGGAAAUGUAAGUUUAGCUCUUUUUGGACUUGUCAAUAAAUUUAUUAGCAAUUUACAUCAAUUGUUCUUUUCAAUUAAAAAUAAAUUAAUCGUUUUCAAGCACUUAAUUAAUUAAAACCAUUUUGUAAAGAUGUUCGAAAUAAAAAUCAUACGACAAUAGUAAACGUAAAGGAAAACAUGGACGCUAUUCCACUGUAAGGUUGUUACUAUAAUAGUUUCAUGACAAUAAAUCGCAUGGAUUAAAUUUCUUAAGAAAUAACCUUAUAUUUGUUGAUAAUUAUCUAAUUCUUUUUUUUAUAGCUAUCACUUGGAAUAUGGUAAAAGGAUUUGUACCACCUCCAUGGACCAAUGAGAACAUUAUCGAUAAAUCGUAAAAGAGAGAAACAUAUUAUAUGAUCAAAUCAUGGCAUAUAAUAUUGAUUCUCGUUGUUUUCUUUGCAUGUAAUUUCGCUAUUGUUAAUCUUUACAUCUACUCUCGCAAGUCGUCAUGAAUUUCUAAUCAGUUCUCUUAUUUGAUAUCAAUAGUUUUUGUUUCUUGAAUAAACUUAAGUUACAAAGGUGAAUGAAACUGAUUGGAUUCCGACUGCAGAAAUACAUGAGCGUAACUGAUGUACCAUAUUUAUUACUGAAUUAAAUCACUUCCAGCUUCUGAGAUUCUACAUGUAAUGAAUAUCAAUUUCAACAACGAAUAUUUAAGAUGCAAAGAUUUUGCAUGAUAAAAAGUGCAAGAUAAAUUAAGGUGCUCACUUUUGAAUACGAUUGAAAGAACUUCACAAUAAAUACUCUAUGUAGUACAUUUCUUUUCAUUGAAACAUUCAUAACAGGAUUGUCGAUCUACAUAUGACAUGAUUUGAUAAUAUAUCUGCAGCUAAAUUCGAUAGAUAUGAGCUGCUUUGCGUCAGAAGACUUGUAAAUGAGACUGAAUAUUACCAACAUCAUUACACAGGAAUAGAUGGAGUGAACUCAAGCGAUGAAAAUUUGACACGACAGAUAUUAACAAUUAAUAUAUCGAUUGAUUAAUGUUAUGAUAUUGGAAGAAUAUGUCAUAUACACUUUUCUCCAUUUUAGUCAAAUAAGAGAAUGUAUCAAGCAUUUUUUUCUGGAAAAAGAUGUAAGACAAAUAUUUUUCUUCAAUCUGUUGAAAAUAAAUCUUCGUUUUGAAGAAAAAUUCGACAAUAAAUGGUUUGAUCAGUGUUAAUGAUGAGAAAUCCAACUUCGUUCUUUUCUUCAGUACUCUUAUCAUCUUUACUUAUUUCUCAUCAAGAAUGUGAUUAGCGGUGACCCUUUAUCUUUAUUAUCCUUUAUAAUAACGGAAUAAAUGGUACUUUUUAGGACCACAGAUAAUGUAAUUGGAAGAGUACCAGAAUCAUGGAAUAAAUCUACAGAGAGAUUAUUACCGUUUAAAAAUGUAAUUUGAUUUAAAAUAUGGUUCCUAUGAUGAAAUUCAAAAACCACAGAAACGAAAGCUUUAUUUCUGAUUUUUUAGAAUACCAAGAAAGAAAAAAAUCUUCUUGUAACAUUCUAAUGUGAUCAAAGGCUUUCUAUGUA